AUGACUGAUCAAAGAGGCCCACCUCCCCCACACCCGCAGCAGGCCAAUGGCUACAAAAAAUUUCCUCCUCAUGAUAACCAAUACUCUGGACCCAACAAUAAUCAGCCAAAUAACCAUUAUAACGAAAAUAUUUACGGGGCAAGGGAAGCCCACAAUAACAAGCAAUACCAGUCAAAAGGUGGCAAAUACGGAUCGAAUAAAUACAAUAACCGUAAUAAUAGUCAAGGAAAUGCACAAUAUUACAAUAACAGAUUCAAUAAUACCUAUAGACUGAAUAAUAACGACUACAACCCGGCAAUGUUGCCAGGUAUGCAAUGGCCAGCUAACUACUAUGCUCCCCAGAUGUACUAUAUACCCCAGCAAAUGGUUCCAGUUGCUUCUCCACCAUAUACACACCAGCCACUGAACACUAAUCCCGAGCCUCCCUCCACACCUAAAACUACAAAAAUAGAAAUAACUACGAAGACUGGUGAACGUUUAAAUUUAAAAAAAUUCCACGAAGAAAAGAAAGCUUCGAAAAAUGAAGAGAAGAAUGAUGAGGUGGAGCAGAAAUCUAAAUCAGGAACUCCUUUUGAGAAAGAGGCAACACCUGCGCUGCCUAUUAAAGAUGUAGUCAAAGAUACAUCAACCGAAACAACGAAUGAAAAAUCUACUUCUGAGGCCGAAAAUACGAAGAGGUUGUUUUUGGAGCAAGUGAGAUUGCGUAAAGCUGCCAUGGAAAGAAAGAAAAAUGGUUUAAUAUCUGAAACUGAGCAAAAGCAGGAAAAACUGAAUCAUCCUAAUACUGACACAAAUAAGUCCAACUCAAUCAUUGAAUCGGAACCUAUUAAAGAAACGCCAAAACCGACUGGAGAAACUAGUGAAGUUGUCAUUGAUGAAAAAUCAGGGACAAGUGAUGUUCCGCCUCCACAACAUGUAACUGGAAGUGUAACUAAAUCUGUGACUUUUAACGAACCAGAGAAUGAGAGCAGUUCCAUAGAUGCUGAUGAACUUGUUGAAAAUGAUUCUAAUGAAAUUUCUGACGCAACUGACGGAAAAACCGUGAGUAAAGGUGACGGAUACACACCAAAUUCCGAAAUCACUACGGAGGAGAACGCAGUGAAGGAAACAGAACCUUCCACAUCUGAUAUAGAUAUACCAACUGUAUCUCAACUACUUGAAACUUUAGAAAAAGCCCAACCAAUUUCUGAUAUAUAUGAUUUUGCCUAUCCAGCCAACGUCGAGAGGCCUGAUAUCAAAUAUAAGAAACCAAGCGUUAAAUACACCUAUGGCCCCACCUUCUUACUACAAUUCAAAGAUAAACUAAAAUUCAGGCCUGAUCCUGCUUGGGUUGAAGCUGUAUCUUCGAAAAUUGUUAUACCUCCUCAUGUUGCCAGAAAUAGACCAAAAGAUAGUGGCAGAUUUGGGGGCGAUUUCAGAAGUCCAUCUAUGCGCGGUAUGGAUCAUACUUCAAGCUCGAGAGUGUCAUCGAAAAGAAGAUCAAAGAGAAUGGGCGACGAUAGAAGAUCUAAUAGGGGAUACACUUCUAGAAGGGAUCGCGAAAAGGCCGCAGAAAGGGCAGAAGAGCAAACUCCAAAGGAAGAAGUCGCUCCGUUGGUACCAAGUGCUAAUAGAUGGAUACCUAAGUCAAGGGUUAAGAAAACCGAGAAGAAAUUAGCUCCUGAUGGCAAAACUGAACUACUUGAUAAAGAAGAAGUAGAACGAAAAAUGAAGUCUUUAUUGAACAAGUUAACUUUAGAAAUGUUUGAUUCGAUCUCCUCUGAGAUUUUGGAUAUAGCAAACCAAUCAAAGUGGGAAGAUGGUGGUGAAACAUUGAAAAUUGUUAUUGAACAAAUCUUCCACAAAGCUUGUGACGAGCCUCAUUGGUCUUCAAUGUAUGCUCAGUUGUGUGGCAAAGUGGUCAAAGACCUCGACUCAAGCAUUAAAGAUAAAGAAAACGAAGGAAAGAAUGGUCCAAAACUCGUAUUGCAUUAUUUGGUGGCGAGAUGUCACGAAGAAUUUGAGAAAGGUUGGGCUGAUAAGUUGCCUGCGGGAGAAGAUGGUAAUCCAUUAGAACCUGAAAUGAUGUCCGAUGAGUAUUAUAUUGCAGCAACCGCCAAGAGAAGAGGUUUAGGUCUAGUACGUUUCAUAGGGUACUUAUAUUGUUUGAACUUAUUGACUGGGAAGAUGAUGUUUGAGUGUUUCCGAAGAUUAAUGAAGGACUUAAACAACGAUCCGUCGGAAGAGACCUUAGAAUCCGUUAUUGAAUUACUAAAUACUGUGGGUGAACAAUUUGAGCAUGACAAAUUCGUUACACCUCAGGCAACUCUUGAAGGUUCGGUACUGCUUGACAACCUAUUUAUGUUGUUACAGCAUAUCAUUGAUGGAGGCACUAUAUCGAAUAGAAUAAAGUUCAAGUUAAUAGACGUGAAGGAAUUGAGGGAAAUUAAACAUUGGAAUAGCGCCAAGAAGGAUGCUGGACCGAAGACAAUUCAACAAAUCCAUCAGGAAGAAGAGCAAUUACGCCAAAAAAAGAACAGCCAAAGAUCAAAUUCAAGAUUCAACAACCACAACCAAUCUAACAGCAACAGAUAUUCUUCCAAUAGAAGGAACACGCAAAGCACUCCAAGGGAUAGUUUUGCCUCCACAAAAACAAGCUCCUUCAGAAAUAACCAAAGAAAUGUUCGUAAAGCCGAAGAAGUUUCUCAAGUUCCAAGAGCCAAUAUGUUCGACGCAUUAAUGAAUAACGAUGGAGACAGUGAUUAG